UAACGUUAACACUGAACAGAUGCAAACUGAAUUCUGAAGACUCUUAAUAUGAAAUGACGGUGUCGCAGACAUUUUGUCGUCACGUUGUUUUGUGUGUCGCGUGGGAUUUAAGAGUAGAAUCGAUGAAUCCAUAGCUUCUGUAAAGAAAUACCAAUGGAAGAGACUGCGAACACAGAUGUCCUCUUUAUUGAGCUCAGACAGAAGCUGCAAAGCGGCCUUUUGUUCAUUCGCAGUGACGUCAUCGGUGGUGGUGCAGAUGUGAAGAUCGAAUCCAAACCAGACUCCAUCCUGAACGUCCAGACUCCUGACAGCAGCUUUCAGGUGACCCUCACACCUGGAGUCAGUCUGGUGGAGACGCAGAAGCAGAAAAGCCCAGCAAACUCUGAACAAGGCUCCCAUUACAGACUACGUCUAAAAGUGGAGCAGCCAACAGAAUCUCCUUGCAGUGUGAUUGGCCAGCUGAGAGUCGAUGAGAGUUACUCCGUACUGUGCCAAUCCUGUGGCUCCAGAGUGCUCCAACACAGGUCUUUUGGACGAGUUCUUCCUUUGCCCAAUGGAAACUGGAAUGCAUUAGUGGACGACUGGUGCUGCCAUCCAGAUCCCUUCGCCAACAGAAAACUGCUGCCGCGAGCUGGAGACUGCCUGCUGGGGGACACCUUCAUUCUGCUGCUGCGGGACGACGGCUGCGAUGAGAGUCUGACACGGGCCGCUGCAGAGAAGCGUGUGCUGGUGUCCUGCAGGAGGUGCUCCACUGCGCUGGGAGAGGAGAUCACUGCGGAGGUGCUGAAGCUCUACAUUACUGAAAUAUCAGUGAAGCCCAGUGAGGAUGGAGAGUGUGAUCUAACACAGCUCAGUUUAGAGCCCAAGUCAGAGUCAGUACGGCAGAGAUUUUUGGAGCAAACUCUUGCAUCGAGACUGGUGGAGCUUUCAGCAGCACAGAGUAUAUUUCGCUUUUCCAUUCAAAGCCCAGAUGGAAAAGCUGAGAUUUUGCUGUGGCUUCUGAACACCGACACUCUGGUCGCCUCAUUUCCUGCUCCAGCAGCGAGAGCCGACGGCUUCAUCUCCGUCGGUGACUCGCAUCCCAGAAUGCAUCAGUCAUGUCAGGCCGUGGCAGCAGUCAAAGUGCUCUACAUCCUCUGCUCUGACAGCAAGCUCAGAGAUGUUGUGGAUGUGUGGGAGAAGGACAUCAGCGUUCACCCACUUCCCCUCCCGCAGCGCUCAUGUGAGGAGCUCAAGACACUUCUGACGUCCAGCACCUUCAGACUGCCUGCAUUCCUGCGCUGCAUGAACUCCUUUCAGGUGGCCUACAUGCGGAUGUGAUGUGACAUGAUGUCAUCAUCUUAUUGGGUAUGAAACAUAUGAAACCAACACAUUAAAUACAUUUUUAUAUAAAAAGUAUUUUGUUCUAUAGUCUUUUCGUUUAUUUUCACAUGGUCUGCAAAUAUCUGUAUGGUCAAAGAAAAAAAAGUGGCCUUUAUAUUAAUAAAAAAAAAAAACAAAUUCUACUGCAA